GAGGCGACCGCAGGGUCUUACACAAGCGACGCGGCGGGUGAGCCGGCGACCACCAGCCAGGGCGCGGCCAGCCCGGUCACGUCCCCCUUGGGGAGCCUAUAAGUCGCCCGCGUUCCCGGGGGCGCCGGCUCCUCUGCCGCUGCCUGAUUCCCGCCCACAUUCCGCAAAGCUCCAGCGGCCCGGUCCGCCCUGCGUGCAGCUCCCACUCCGGCUCCGGCGCGCAGCUGUCAUUGUCAACCCCCGGCGGACAAGGAGUAGGGGUGGCGGUGGUGGGGUCCCACCGUUCUCGCGAGAAGUGCCCUGCUGCAGGGGAGUGGGGGUGCCCAAGCCCGCACGGACCCUCCAGGGGCCGAAGAUGUGGAGGUGCGCGGUGAAGUCCCCGCUGCUCCUGCUGGCGCUCGUCCUCCACCCCUGGAAACCCUGUUUAGGUGCGGACUCGGAGAAGCCGAUUACCAUUCCCACAGAUAAAUUAUUAGUCAUAACUGUAGCAACAAAAGAGAAUGAUGGAUUCCAUCGUUUUAUGCAGUCAGCCAAAUACUUCAAUUAUACUGUGAAGGUCAUUGGUCAAGGAGAGGAAUGGAGAGGUGGUGAUGGAAUGAAUAGCAUCGGAGGGGGCCAAAAAGUGAGAUUAAUGAAAGAAAUCAUGGAACAUUAUGCCAAUCAAGAGGAUCUGGUAGUGUUGUUUACUGAAAGCUUUGGUGUCUUAUUUGCUGGUGGUCCAGAAGAGGUUCUUAAAAAGUUCCAAAAGACUAACCAUAAAGUAGUCUUUGCAGCAGAUGGAAUUCUGUGGCCAGAUAAAAGACUAGCAGACAGGUAUCCCAUUGUGCACAUCGGGAAACGCUACCUCAAUUCAGGAGGAUUUAUUGGUUAUGCUCCAUAUAUCAACCGUAUAGUUCAACAGUGGAAUCUCCAGGAUAAUGAUGAUGAUCAGCUCUUUUACACUAAAAUUUAUAUUGAUCCACUGAAGAGAGAAGCUAUUAACAUCACCCUGGAUCACAGAUGCAGAAUAUUUCAGACCUUAAAUGGAGCUGUAGAUGAAGUUGUUUUGAAAUUUGAAAAUGGUAAAGCCAGAGCUAAGAAUGUAUUUUAUGAAACAUUACCAGUGGCAAUUAAUGGAAAUGGACCCACCAAGAUUCUAAUGAAUUAUUUUGGAAACUAUGUACCUAAUGCAUGGACACAGGACAAUGGCUGCACUUCUUGUUUAUUGGAUGUAAUAGACUUGUCUGCAGUGGAUGUCCUUCCAAAUGUAACAAUAGGUGUUUUUAUUGAGCAACCAACCCCUUUCUUACCUCGAUUUCUGGACAUAUUGUUGACCCUGGAGUACCCAAAAGAAGCACUUAAACUUUUUAUUCAUAACAAAGAAGUUUAUCAUGAAAAGGACAUCAAGGCAUUUUUUGAUAAAGCUAAACAUGAAAUCAGUACUAUAAAAGUUGUAGGACCAGAAGAAAAUCUAAGUCAAGCUGAAGCCAGAAACAUGGGAAUGGAAUUUUGCCGUCAAGAUGAAAAGUGUAACUAUUAUUUUAGCAUGGAUGCAGAUGUUGUUUUGACGAAUCCAAGGACUUUAAAAAUUUUGAUUGAACAAAACAGAAAGAUCAUUGCUCCUCUUGUAACUCGUCAUGGAAAGCUGUGGUCCAACUUCUGGGGAGCAUUGAGUCCUGAUGGAUACUAUGCUCGAUCUGAAGAUUAUGUGGAUAUUGUUCAAGGGAAUAGAAUAGGGCUAUGGAAUGUCCCAUACAUUGCUAAUGUGUACUUAAUUAAAGGAGAGACACUCAGAUCCGAAAUGAAUGAAAGAAACUAUUUUGUCCGUGAUAAAUUGGAUCCUGAUAUGGCUCUUUGCCGAAAUGCUAGAGAAAUGACUUUACAAAGGGAAAAAGACUCCCCUACUCCGGAAGCAUUGCAAAUGCUCAGCCCCCCAAAGGGUGUGUUUAUGUACAUUUCUAAUAGACAUGAAUUUGGAAGACUGUUGUCAACUGCUAAUUACAAUACUUCCCAUUAUAACAAUGACCUCUGGCAGAUUUUUGAAAAUCCUGUGGACUGGAAGGAAAAGUAUAUAAACCGUGAUUAUGCAAAGAUUUUCACUGAAAAUUUGGUUGAGCAGCCUUGUCCAGAUGUCUUUUGGUUCCCCAUAUUUUCUGAAAAAGCCUGUGAUGAAUUGGUGGAAGAAAUGGAGCAUUAUGGCAAAUGGUCUGGGGGGAAACAUCAUGAUAGCCGUAUAUCUGGUGGUUAUGAAAAUGUUCCAACUGAUGAUAUCCACAUGAAACAAGUUGAUCUGGAGAACGUAUGGCUUCAUUUUAUACGGGAGUUUAUUGCACCUGUAACACUGAAGGUCUUUGCAGGCUAUCAUACGAAGGGGUUUGCAAAAUUGAAUUUUGUAGUAAAAUACUCACCUGAUAGACAGCCUUCUCUUCGCCCUCAUCAUGAUGCUUCUACAUUUACCAUCAACAUUGCACUCAAUAACGUGGGAGAAGAUUUUCAGGGAGGUGGAUGCAAAUUUCUAAGGUACAAUUGCUCUAUUGAGUCACCAAGAAAAGGCUGGAGCUUCAUGCACCCAGGGAGACUCACGCAUUUGCAUGAAGGACUUCCUGUUAAAAAUGGAACCCGAUACAUUGCAGUGUCCUUUAUAGAUCCCUAAGUUAUUUACUUUUCAUUGAAUUGAAUUGAAUUUUGGAAUGGAUUACUGGCACGAACAUGUCUUUGAAGCUGUGCUUGAGAAGAUGAGAGAAUAUUUAAAUAACUUCAACAGAAGAACUUCACUUUGGGCCAAUUGUUUGAAAAACUUUUUAUAAAAAGUUGUUUGAUAUUUCUUCAUGUCUAAAGCAGCCUUAAAGAAGAAGGAAAGAAAGAAAAAAGUAAAACAAAAUAUUUAUUUCUAUUUCUUAUUGUCUCUGAGAAUGAUGACAAUUUUUAAAAAUUUGCGUUUCAAUUGAUAAAUUUAUUCAGGUACAAAUGUACAAGUGACACAUGAGACUAAUAAUGUUUUCUUAUUUAAGAUCAGCCUGGGAAUAAUUUUAUUUAUCAUAAUAUGGGAGGUAUAAGAAGAAAAGACAAAUGAAAAUUAGCAACUCGUGAAAUAUUACAAAUCUGGGAUUCUGACUGAAUUUGUAUGCAAUUAAUUGAAUAAGUACUUUUUUGACCACCUAUGUAGGUAUCUUUUACAGUAGUUACUGAGGGAAUACAAAGAACAAUAUUAGACAUCUGUUUUCCUCAUGAAACACUACAAAACACAACGAAGUAACUUAUCUAAUGGAAAAAUGUUUUCAUUUAGAUUGUUCAAAAGAUUUUUUACAUUUGGAUGUAUACGUAUGCUCCAUAAAAUGAAUCUCCAAAGCAGAUUAUGUUAGGUUGAUUUUGGAUUUAGAAAAGCUUACAAGUGUUUCCAUUUUUUAAAGUGCACCAAGUAUCCACUUAAGAUCAGCAACUGUCCUUUAUUCAAAACAGUUUUUUUUCUAAUUCUAGAAAAUGGUGAGGAAAAAAGAAAAUUUUAUUGAGAUAGUAGUGUGUUUUAUUAUUAUGAUUUUUUUUACUUUUUUAAGUACUUGAAUUUUAUAUCAGGAAAAUAAAGUUGUUGAGCCUUUCUUCUUCCUUUUUGUACUUUGUCUCUCUUAUUAUUCCUUUCUUGGGGGAGGGUUAUUCUCUUUUUGCUACAUAAUCCCCACUUUAUCCUUCCUUCUUAGUCUCUUUAUUGCCUCACCAUCCCACUUUUAAAAAUUCCCCAUCACAAAAAGAGUUGUUGACUUGAUUUUUCAACAUUUCUCUGAGUGUGUUUAAAUAUUCUUACUGUAGCUACUGUUCUUAAUUUAAAGGUUACACUUGUAAAAUGUUCCAAAUCAUGUUGUCAAAAUUCAUUUUUCUAACACCGUGUGUUAGAAAGUUAUGAAAAAUAAAAUAAUUUAGAAUAA